UUUCUGCGUAGCUGAGUCUGUACAGUGAUUGCUUCCAUUGGCUCUCGCUGUAUGGCGCCCUCUGCCGGUGGAAUCUGGCGCGUUCGCAGCGGCAGCUGGACACCUUUAGCUUCCGGUGGCUGUCAGAUGCCUGAGCUUCAGUGUUGGGAAUGCAGCCGCCUCUCCCGACAGCUGCGGUCAGAGAACUGGUUUGCUCCUGUCUGCAUCGAGACCCUGUAGCGGCGGAUCUGCGCUGUAGCCUCUUCGUAGCCGCCGUCCAGAGCUACAAACGCGAUUCAGCGCUCAGACCCUUCCCUCCUCGCUACCUCAGAGGAGAGGUCAAGGACUUUGAGGAGCUGCAAAAGGAUGUGGAUACUUUGCCAAACGUGAGAGAUCUGGUGCGUCUGGGACACGGUGAUGGAGAUCAUCAUCUGGCUCUUGUGCACUGGGUUCUCUCCUCCAAGAGUUUUGCUGUGAAGACCCUGCAGAAAGAGGAGUUUGCCAGACUCAGCCAGCUGACUCAAAGCGAGGGCGUUUCGGCUCCGGCUCCAGACUUCCUCUUUGAACUGCAGUACUGUGAUUUGCUCAACUCCAAGUUCGAGCGGACGCGGGCCGGACGAGAGCUCAUCUAUGCAUUCCACGGCAGCAGACUGGAGAACUUCCACUCCAUCAUACAUAACGGAUUACACUGCCAUCUCAAUAAGACCUCACUGUUUGGGGAGGGCACAUACCUGACCAGUGACCUCAGCAUGGCCAUCCUUUACAGUCCUCAUGGUAACGGAUGGAGGGAAAGCGUUCUCGGGCCUUUGAUCAGCUGCGUUGCCUUGUGUGAAAUCAUUGAUCAUCCUGAUGUAAAGUGUCAGGUGAAGAAGAAAGACUCCAAGAGCAUUGACCAUAAGCGUCUGAGGGCCAGGAACAGUGAAGGAGGUGAGGUGCCCGAGAAAUACUUUGUGGUGACUAACAACGAGCUUCUGAGAGUGAAGUACCUGCUGGUGUAUUCUCAGAGACGCUACCGAUCACGGUGA